AUGCCGCCAGAUCGUGGGCGCGCCUCUCGAGCGUGUGCCUCAUGCAGAAAGCAAAAGACUCGCUGCUAUGAACCCGGUAUCCCUGGCAAGGCGUGCCUGAGAUGCGAACGCCUUCGCCAGAAAUGCUCGCUGGUCGAGAUUGACGGACACGAUGGAGAGCCAGUGGCUUCCUCUUCUUCUGGAACCGAUGCACGACUGGAGCGCCUGGAAAGGACGGUGGCAACCUUGCUUGAUCGGCUGGGGGAGGGUCCUUCCAACGUCGAAAAUGAGCCAAGCCGGCCAGCAAGCACACUAACGACCUCGGAAGCCGGGGAGUCGACCUACCAGGACACGGAACCUUCCGCGGCUCCGAUCAUGGUCAUUCGUGAUCUGGCCACCGAUUCGGAGGCGAAGCCAUCCCCUGAUACCAAAUCCAUGGGCUCGGUGCUUGAUGAUCUGAUCACGCCCGAUCUAGCUUUUACUCUCAUCAAGAUUUUUCUUGGAUGCUACGGCCGCUGGAUCAUUUUCGACCCCGAGUCGGAUCCUGCGCUAAUUCUACCCCGCGUGAGGCAAUCGCCAUUGCUUUUUUGCGCUUGUUGUCUAAUCGCCGUGCGGCAUACUUCCGAAGAACUUGCCGCGAGCCUCGCGCCAAAGCUCUACGAGUGCGCUCGCUCGCUGGUUUCGAGCACCCUUUUGGUGGCACCUCAAUCUAUUGAGUUCUUUCAGGCCGCAUUGAUUUUGUGCAUGUGGUCGACCACCGUGGGACAGGUGCCCUUGAGUAUCGAUACGUGGCUUCUCAGUGGAUUUGCCCUCCAGCAUUCCCUGUCCAGUCCGUUAUUUGCGGAGGUUACUGCUCGAUCUCAGCCACCGACCCGGAUGGAUGAACAUACAGCGGAUCUCUGUUGCUUGUGGAACCACUUAUGUCUGGCUCAUUUACACUACUGUGUCGGCACUAGCCGCCGAUCAAUGUUGCAGACUUGGCAGAUUGAACGUACCCGAGUAAUCCUGGAGUCUGAUUAUGCGAUUAAUUUUGAAGUCCGCAUGGUUGCUGAGAUCCAUUUAUAUUGGACUCUAUACCAACAUCUUAUUGAGGCACCGGUAGACCUUCUGAAAUCGGUGGCAGAUCUGCAGACGUGGAGAAGAGAAUGGGAAUUCCUUCUUGAACAACCAAGAUCUCAAUUUCUCUCGAUGGGCUUUCACUUCUCAAACCUAAUCUUGUACGAGCACGCCCUGAAAUCAAAAUCCGCCCGAGCCCGCGAAUUACUUGUCUCCGAGAUGAUCCGCCACUCAACUGCCAUUUUGCACCUACCCAUGGAUACAGUUGAUGAACACACCCGCCAUUUAAGCGACCACAUCUACCACAUGAUCACAUUUGCCGCAAUCAUCAUCUGUCGCCUGCUGCACAGCUACGAAGAACAACUGAGUUUUAAAUACAAUGUAGCUGAACUGGAUGCUUUGAUUAUCAAUCUGGUUCAGUGGCUGCACUCGAUCGGUCUUCCCUGUCAUGCAGGACAUACACUGGGAAACAUCAUUGCAAAGGUUCACCAGAAGCUUCGGCCCCGUGUAGAGACAUUGCCUGCCACUAUCCCCACAGAGGAUUUUCCGGAGGAUAAUUUCACGAACUACUAUUUCCCCGAGUUUCUGGGAUUGGGGGCUUCUGCGGCUGGAAAUUGGGAUUUACUCACUGAUCUGAAUUUCUUUCCGCAGAGUCCUAAUUCGUGA